GGGAGCCGGACCCUUUUCCCGGCUGCACGGCGCCAGCCGGGGGACGGGUUUUCCGGUUGGAUAUGGAGUCACUCGCCGCCAGCAAUAUCUCAUACAUCUAUAGUCCCGACUACAUCGAAAGAUGCGAUUCCCUUUCCAAGGUCACCAGUCGGGCCAGUAUGGUUCAUUCUCUGAUUGCUUCUUAUGGAUUGCUGAAAUACAUGAGGGUAGUCAAACCCCGAGUAGCUUCUAUGGAAGAAAUGGCAAUGUUCCAUACAGAUGCCUACUUGGAGCAUUUACGGAAAGUCAGUGAGGAUGGUGAUAAUGAUGACCCUGAGUCUGCAGAGUAUGGAAUAGGUUAUGACUGCCCUGCAGCAGAGGGAGUGUUUGAUUAUGCUGCGGCAGUAGCUGGGGCCACUCUUACAGCUGCACAGUGUCUGAUAGACAAAAAAUAUCAAGUGGCAAUAAACUGGCCUGGGGGAUGGCAUCAUGCAAAGAAAGAUGAAGCAUCUGGUUUUUGUUAUCUGAAUGAUGCUGUGCUUGGCAUUUUAAAACUGCGACAAAAGUUUGAUCGAGUUUUAUACAUAGACCUGGAUCUACACCAUGGUGAUGGUGUAGAAGAUGCAUUCAGUUUUACAUCAAAAGUAAUGACUGUAUCUUUCCACAAGUAUUCACCUGGAUUCUUCCCAGGGACAGGUGAUGUGACAGAUAUUGGAAUGGGGAAAGGAAGAUAUUACACCGUGAAUGUCCCAUUACAAGAUGGUAUUCAAGAUGACCUAUACUACCAAAUAUGUGAAAGUGUGUUAAAAGAGGUGUAUGCAUCAUUCAAUCCUGAAGCAGUGGUCUGCCAGCUAGGAGCAGAUACUAUUGCUGGAGACCCAAUGUGCUCCUUUAAUAUGACACCAGUGGGAGUGGGAAAGUGCCUGCGUUACAUUCUGAACUGGGAGCUACCAACUCUGGUCUUAGGAGGAGGGGGCUAUAACCAUGCUAACACAGCCCGGUGCUGGACAUAUCUGACUGCCAUUAUCCUUGGAAAAACCCUUUCCUCAGAGGUUCCUGAUCAUGAGUAUUUUACAGAAUAUGGGCCUGAUUAUGUUUUGGAAAUAACCCGAAGCUGCAGGACUGACCAGAAUGAUUCCCAGCGGAUUGAACAGAUAGUUAGCACAAUUCGAGGAAAUCUGAAGAAUGUAAUUUAAUAAGUGGUGGGGAGUGAGCGGAAGGCUGGAGAAGUCUUUUAACUAAAUGCAGUCUGUGGCUGCUGUAGCUGCAGGGGAAAUUUGGACGAAAUUACUUGCAAGUUCCAGGACAACAGAUGUUCGUUGAAACUUAGAGCUGCAAUUAACCCUUUCUUGUUCAACUAUGUGGGACAGAACAUCGGACAUUCAAAGAUUACGGUAUCCUGUGGGAUUUGUUUUUAAUUAACCUCAUUUUGUUGUAACUAUAUUUUUAAUUCAUUUUAGUUGCUGCUUUGGAAUACACCCUAUAGUGGAAUUGCAGUUGACUUUGUAGUUGGCCAAAGAACCUGCCAGUUAUAUAUGCUGGGACUUGAGUAGCAUUUUGCUUUCUGUACCUAAAUACAGAGUUAAUGACUUGGUUCAACCACAGAGAAAUUGCAAAAAGAGAAUAUAAACUUUAUAAACUGAAAUAAUCCAUGUAGCAAUGUAAUGUUCCAGUGCACUGAUUUUUAAGGAAGGACCUGGAUGUGUAUUUUUUGUUCUUUACCUGGCAAUUUUAUUGGCUACAUUUUCAGAGGAAGGGGGCAAAAUGUCUUAGUAAAGGUGAGUGAAAAGUGCCAUUUAAAGAUCUUCUUCCAGAGCCAUUUAAAGAUCCUUUUUUAACCCUGGUUCCAAAAUGCUGGGUGAAACCAGUCCUUUUUGUAGGUAUGGUGCAUAUCAUGUGAAGAAGAGAGAUGGUGCCUAAAAUAGAUGGGAAAUCAGCAAAAGUUUCAAAUGAAAGGUUAGGAAAUUAGUCAUUCGCUGUGACAGCUUUUUAAGUUGAUCUUUAAUUUCCUCACUGUUUGUUUUCUUUCUUUAUUUUCUGGAAGGAUUUGCUGUAGAAUCGCAUUUCAAUCCAAGCAUAUAUGGAUUUGUGUGGUUGUUUUCAUCCUUUUCCCCUAGGGCCCCUAAGGCAGUCACUCUGUGAUGGGAUAGAUCGUAACCCUCCUGCUGUCCUAAGCAAACCUCUAGUUUACAGAUGCAUGGAGUGGCAAUGUCUUUAGCAAAUAGCUCAAAUUUGUGAUGAUUUCUAUUUCCAACUCUGAAAAAUAUCGGUGAAAAUAAGUUACUCAAGUGGUGUUUGAGAUAAAAUACCAAUUUGGAACAACAGAUGCAUGCUACAAAAAGAUGAAAAACAUUUUUUUGUUUUUGAACAUUCACAGAGAGGACAUCUGCCACCAAUUACAAACAGUAAUUUUAGUUGAUAGGCUUACUGGUCAAAAUGAACACUUUUAACCUUAACUUUAUAACAUGGAUGUCCAACCUGCAGUCCUGGAGCCAUGUGUAACCCUUGAACUUCAGUUUAUCUCAUCUUGGUUUGUUGUAUUUGAAUUUAACAUGGGUGGAGGUUUGGAAGUGUUUUUCUUGGUGCUGUUAUUUCACUAAAUUAGAACUGCAAGAGCUAUUAGUAUUAGUAAUUGACCUGUGAAUAUUAAUGGAAAAGUGGAUACUAGCUUAACAUAUGGCCCUUAAGGACAAGAGCUUGUAAAUUCUUGUGCUAUAGAUUAAAUGCCAGUUACACCUAGAUAUCCAUUCUAAAUGUUUCUUCAAAAAGUAAAUAUCAUUAUUGGUAACCUUAAGGGUUUAAUUAUUAAACGUUAUGAUUAAUCUUUUUCCCUUUUAAAUGCAUUUGUUUAAAUACUGAAUUCUGAUGUGACAAGAGGACUUAAGUGAAGAAGUUACUGAGCCCAACACCAUGAAGGAGUUUAAUAAACACCAAAAGUUGCACAGUAAGUAAUACUAGCUGCUGGCUCUAGGCCUAACAGAGCAAGGACGUCAGUAAACUCCCAACACCUGUAUCUCAUGCAGCAUUAGAAAUACAAAAGUAUACUUCACAGUAUUUACUGAGGCUGGCAGCUAGGAAGAAUCAUUUUCUGGAUCUCCCCAAUAUGUGAUCUUAGAGAAUUCCAGCAAGUUGACUUUUCUGCUUAUAGAUGGCUGCAUGUAAUGUGGAAACUGAGAGCUGGUAUCUCUAUCAUGAGUUUGAAUACAACAUAAAAGCAGUCAGAAGAACUGAGUACUGGCGGGCAAGUGCUACUGAGCCUAGCAAAACUAGGAAACUGAAUUAAUCAAUAGAUGUGCCAUUCUAACCACAAAGUGUUGGCGGUAUAGAGCCUAAUAAUGUGAGAGAUCUUUACUCUAUGCUUGGCAUACAGUUAAAAUAGCAUGUUUGCUUGCUAUUGUCUCUACUUCUGUUGAUAUAAAUUCAACUCCCUCACACAUCAAGCACAGUCACCUCUAACCUGUCAAAUCUGCUUCCGCUAAUUGUCAUCACCACUGGUUUGAAAAAUUUUCAGCAAAAAAAGUAGUGGUUAUAAAGAGGCAUUGCUGUUAUGUUGGAGUAUAGAAAACUCCGCUUCUAGUAAUAUAAAACACACCAUAUAGACACAGAUACUAGGAAAAUGCCGAACAAGAGAUUUUUUCUGUGGGCUUGCAUUUAAUAUGUGCCUUAUCAGUUUUAAGUACCUGUGCUUUACACAAUGAACUACUUUUGGAGUGCAGUGACCGUUGAUUUCGGCAAGCCUGGCAAUGACUCACAAACAGCCAUAAGUUGAUCAGUUGAUUUUUGGUGGUAUUGAUUGAGCGUGGAAUGUUGGUUAAGACACAAUUGUGAAAGAUUUGAGAAGAUUUAAAACCAACACCAGAGCAAGGAUUAAACUGCGCACAGAGAGAAAAAUAAGAGCGAUGGGCAGGAGUAACGAGAACACAUAAUAAAUAAGCAAAUAAAUCAAAUGUGAGAAAUUUGAAAGCUAAAAGACAGCAAAGUGACAGAAAAUAAUGAAAAAAUUGUAAUUAGUGAAAAUGUGGAGAGAGACACGCAGUUCAGUUCCCUGGUCCUUACCUCUAUGAUUUUGCCCCUAGCAUCAUUAGCAUCAUGUAAGUGUUAAAUUUGGUAGGAGAUUCAAUCUAGCUGGAACUGGGAAUGUCAAUUUCUGGACCCCGCUUUUCCUGAGCAACCAUAAUUUUGCAGACUCUGUCACUGUUGAGAUGUCUGCCACAUCCUUUUGACACUCACCAAAGCAUUCCUGUGAAAUGUUUAUUAUAAUGAAGAACAAUGUCUUGUGAGAGAAUUGUCACAGUUCAUCUGCGGAGGUUAAUAAAAAAAAUGGAUGCUUCAAUUUUAGCCAAUCCAUUCAUUCACCAGCAUCUUCUUGUAAUUGCUUGUUUUUAACAUAUUUUUGAAACCAAGUCCUAUUUAGGUAUAUUUCAAACAUAGGUUUUUAACUAUACCUCAGCCUUAUUAAAUAAUUUUGUGGCAUUUUUACUGAGAGCCAAGCUCUAAUAGUGUUUUGUACAUUGUUCCUGUUACUGUUUCUUAUUUUUGCAGUUUUCGUGGUGGCCAGAAACUAUACAAUGUUGUUAUUAAUAAAUGGAAUUAAAAACA